AUUGUGUGUGCAUGUGUGUGUAUCUUCAGAAAGUCUGUAUAAAAUUCUCUGCUGGGACAUACUGUAGCAAGGGAUGGUUUCCACGUUUUAACAAGAUGAGAGCCUUCACCGCAGCCCUGCUUCUCAUCCCCUUCUUCACGCUGCAGAAUUCCUGCGCUCUGCGUCCCACAGACUGCGAUGCUACUGAGCCCUUGGCCAGGAAAGUGUUAGACCUGAUCAAUAAAGGACGGUGGAAAGGCUACCUUUUCCAGUUGCUGCGGGUCGCUGAUGCCCAUUUGGACAAAGUGGAAUCUGCAGCUGUCUAUUAUUUAGUCUUAGAUGUGAAAGAAUCAGACUGCCCAGUCCUAUCCAGGAAACACUGGGAUGACUGUGACCCAGCUCUUUCUAAGCGUGUAUCUGAGAUUGUGAUCGGACAGUGUAAGGUAAUAGCUACAUAUUUGAAUGAAUCUCAGGAUCUUAGACUGAAUGAUUUUAACUGCACCACAAGUUCUGUCUCUUCAGCACUGGCCAAUACCAAAGACAGCCCUGUACUCUUUGACUUCUUUGAGGACACUCAGCCUUAUAGAGACCAAGCCAACAAAGCCUUUGAGAAGUACAAAAGAGAGAAUGGAGAUUUUGCCUUUUUCAGAGUGGACCGAGUGGAGAGAGUUGCCAGAGCGAGAGGAGGGAAAAGAACCAAUUACUACGUGGACUUCUCUGUGAGGAACUGCUCCAGUAGCCUCCAUUUUCCCAGGCACUAUAAUGCCUUUGGAUUCUGCAGAGCAGAUUUGUCCUAUGAUGUAGGAGUCUCAGACUUGGAAACCCCAAAUGACAUUGCCAUAAACUGUGAAGUCUUCAACUUGGAGAAUGGUAGAAACAUCAGUGGCAUACAACAGCAUUUCAGCCAUCCCCUCCACCCUGGGGGGCAUGAGCAUUCUCUUGCCGGCAAGCCUCCAUUUAAGCCUGAUGAAUUUAGAGAUCACCACCAUCCCCACAAGCCACAUGAACUUGGAUGUCUUCCUCCUCUAGAAGACAAAAGUCAAACAGACAGACCACCAUUUCAGGCAGAAGCCCCCCAAGUUUCACCUGUUCCAGAGUUAAAAUGUCAUCAUCCCCAUUUUGGCACCAAUAGGACCCACGGACACCCUCAUAAUCAUAGUUCCAGUAAGCACCAUCCCCAUGGACCCCCUCCUCAUGGGCAUCACCCCCAUGGACACCAUCCCCAUGGACCCCCACCUCAUGGGCAUCACCCCCAUGGACACCGUCCCCAUGGACCCCCACCUCAUGGACAUCACCCCCAUGGACACCAUCCCCACGGACACCAUCCCCACAGACACCCUCCUCAUGGGCAUCACCCCCAUAGACAUCACCCCCAUGGACACCAUCCCCAUGGCCAUGAUUUCCUUGACCAUGGACCUUGUGACCCACCACCGCAUAGUGAGGAUCCCCAAGAUCACCAUCACCACCGUCAUGGCCCACCAUCUAGGCACUCAGAACAAAGAAGUCCAGGUAAGAGACACUUUCACUUCCACUGGAGACAAAUUGGAUAUAUUUACCGACUCUCUCCACUAAAGAAAGGUGAAGUUCUUCCUCUUCCGGAAGCCAAUUUUCCUAGCUUCUCAUUGCCAGACCACAGCAAUGCUCUAAACCCAAAGAUUCAGCCCUUCCCUCAGUCAGCCUCUGAAUCAUGCCCAGGGGUAUUCGAGAGUGAGUUUUCACAAGUCUUGAAGUUUUUUGCAUAUAUGCUUCCAAAAUCUGAUUUCCUCGACGGGGAAAAAUUAAUGUUCUGAAUUAGAACCAUAAAUAAAAAAAAUAUGACCAACAA